AUGAUCAUCGUUCAUGAUAAAAAAGAGUAUGGUCGUUUCGAGCUUCGCUCAUCGAUGACACUUGAAUGUAUCUGGUCGAUUGCGCUCGAUGAAGGUUAUCGUUGUCGUUCCUUUAACUACAAUCAAUGGAUUGUAAUCAAGCAUGAAAAACCAGAAAUAUUACAUAUAUCCAAUGAUGGACGUAUUCUAGAACAACAACAAUAUGAUUCAAAGCUAAAAAAUGUAGCUGUCUUAAAUAAUAAUAUUUUCAUAAUUAAGACUGCUGGUCGUAUCGAUUUGCAUGAAAUCUAA